CUGUGGCCCCGCCCCCUCGGCCGCGUCCAUCGCUUCCCGGCGCAGGGGAAGCCAGCGAAGCAGCGUCGGCGCCCCCCGCUCCCUCGCGCCAGUGGUGGCGCUCCCCUGGUGACCUGCCAAGGGCAGCCGGCGGCGGCGGACUCUCCAUCAGCAGCGGCGGCGGCGGGACGGUCGGAGCGUCGGUCGGUCGCCCGGUGGCGUUUCUGCGGGGCGAUGGCUUCGCUGUUGUGCUGCGGGCCGAAGAUGGCCGCCUGCGGGAUCGUGCUCAGCGUCUGGGGGGUCAUCAUGCUGGUGCUCCUGGGCCUCUUCUUCAACGUCCACUCCGCCGUCCUGAUCGAAGACGUCCCCGUCAAAGAGGAGGACUUCAAGUCCGGGGUAUCCGCCAUCCACGCGCUGUACGACCAAGUCAGCUACAACUGCUUCAUCGCCGCCGGCCUCUACUUCAUCCUGGGGGGCUUCUGCUUCUGCCAAGUGCGCCUCAACAAGCGGAAGGAGUACCUGGUCCGCUAACGGCCCCCACCCUCCUCUCCUGCAGCCCCCCUCCAUCCCUCCCCCCCUUUGACAGACCCCCUCCCCCCACCCCGUGCAGGGAGGCUGCUCUCUGGGGCGAGGGGGGAGGGAGCCCCUUUUCCUCCUUCGCCCUUGGUUCCCUUCAUUUCACCCUAAGGGUCAGUCGGCACCGCCCUUCCUCUUUCGCCCUGGGGCUGGACCAAAACAGAAGAAGUGCCAUGUUGUGUAAAUAGCCUCCCUCCCCCCCUCCCUCCCCUCUUUGGGAACCUUCCUGGCUCCAAGGUGGGGCCUCCAUUUGCCCCGCUUGCCGGCAGCCAGCCCGCCCCGGUUUGAGCCGUCUUCGUGCGUCUGUUUUGUCCUGAUCGCAAUGCUGCUUUGCCCAGGAGGCUGCCACGAAGGAAGCCUCCGUCACCCGGGGGCGUGGGGGUAGCGGGGCUGGCAUGGGGCGCCCCACUGCGUGCCUCCUCCCGGGGGAAGGAAAGGCUCGGGGCGGCCCCUGGGGCGGGACGGGGGGGGCAGCCCUGCUCCGGUACGUGGAAGACUCGUGUGUGCAAUAAACAACCUUGGAUCUGG